AUGUCAGGAGAGGUCCCGCCCCCCAUGUCAGGCACCUGCAGCUGCUUUCUAAAUGGCCACAUGUACAUAUUCGGGGGAUAUGAUGACACGGGACAGACCAAUCAGCUUUACCAUGUCAACUUCUUGGAUGGGGACUACAGUUGGAAGAAAGUGAAAGCUGAGAGUGGCUCUCCUCCUUCACCCAGAGAUAAGCUGUGCUGCUGGGUUUUCAACAACAGGGUCACCUACUUUGGUGGAUAUGGUCACAAGACACUUGAUGACAUCAUGGAUGACAAAAGCUUCAUCGUGGACACGGCAUCAUUGGAGCAGAACGUUGGUUGGGGAUGGAACAAUGAAGUUCACGUUUUUGAGACAACACUAGCCAGCUGGAGGGAACCACAGAGCUCUGGUCGUGCUCCUGCCCCCAGAGCUGCCCAUGCAGGUGCAACACUUGGUCAUAAAGGGUAUGUCUACGGGGGCAGAGUACUGAGUGCCAACAUCCACUGUGCCAGGGGGAAGGUCGUGGCACAGCCUCACUGCAGUGAUGGAUGGGUUUUAGACGUUGACACAAAGACAUGGAGGGAGUUGGACCAUCCAAACAACAACAAACCAAGGUUGUGGCACACAGCAAGCCAAGCCAAGGACUCUGACGUGGUUGUGUUUGGAGGUAGUUGUGACUACGUCCUCCUAGGAGGAACGUAUGAGAAUUUGACG